AUGCUGGAGCCGACCUGUAGGGCCUUCUUCGACCUGCAAGGAGUCCAGCUCCGUCCCGCCCCGGAUGUAGUCAUGACGACCCAUGAGGCUCGAGUGCCCGUGCAGACGAGUGUGUUAGGUCUGGAGUUAGGCAGGGUUAGGAGGCCGCCGGAACGCGAAGCACGGACGGAGACUGAUUUGGCAAGUAUAGCAGAUGAAGGCGAGGAGGGUGUUGAAGAUCCACAGCUGCCAAGUCAGGUCAAACAGGCAGAGGAGCAGUGGUGGAAGGCGGCUGAUGAUAAGCGGAUGGCCGAAGCAGAAGCCAAGAGGAGACGGGCUGAAGAGAGACAACGGCGCCGUGAUGGCGACACCGAUCCUAUCGUCUCUUUCCUGGGAACUGGAGACAUACGUGAAGCAUGGGAGCGUGGGGCACGAGCCGCUGCAAGGGCACACGUGGGAGAGGCAGGAGAGGAGCUCGCCAGCAAUGUGCGGCAGCAUAUCGAGGAGGAUAGGGGAUACGUGAAAGUUCGCUUGCCCAGCGUAAAGCGGAAGGGGGCUGAAGAGGCCCGGAGAGGGGACGUCGAUGUGCUAGAGAAUUUGGGAGAGGCGAAAAAGAAGGCGCAGAGCAACACGGGUGCAAAGGCUCAUAAGAUGGCGGAGGUAGUGGCGCAUCAGAAAGCAGAGGAUGCGGCCCAUCGGUUCGUCGAUGCAGAGGCGGCACUUACGGCAGAGGACGGGGCGCCAAAGGAAGCAGAGGCUGCGGCGCAGCAGAAGGUGGGUGCAGAGGCGGUCAAGAGUGCGGAGGCAGUCGCGCGUAAAGAAGCGGGUGCAGCAGCAAAGCUGACGUCGGAGGCAGUCGAGCUGCAGGUGGUGGAGGCAGUGGCGCAGAAGGAAUCAGAGGCAACGGCGAGCCAGAAGGAUGAGGGUGCGGCGCCGCAGAAUGAUGAGGCAGACGCACAAAAGGAAUCAGCGGCACCAGCGCAGCAGAAUGAGGAGGGUGCGGCGCCCAGGAUGGUUGAGGCAGAGGCGCACAAGGAAUCAGAGGCAGCGGCGCAGCAGAAUGAGGAGGGUGCGGCACCGAAGAUGGUUGAGGCAGAGGCGCACAAGGAAUCAGAGGCAGUGGCGCAGCAGAAUGAGGAGGGUGCGGCCCCGAAGAUGGUUGAGGCAGAGGCGCACAAGGAAUCAAAGGCAGCGGCGCAGCAGAAGGAGGAGGGUGCAGAGCCGAAGAUGGUUGAGGCAGAGGCGCACAAGGAAUCAGAGGUAGCGGCGCAGCAGAAGGAGGAGGGUGUGGCACCGAAGAAGGUUGAGGCAGAGGCGUAG